AUGACGUCGAGUAAGUUGUCGGUUUCUCGUGCCACCAUUAAAUCCUUUGGCCACUUCUCCUUCUCUUCUUCUCAAACCAAUCUCUCCGACCCCGUCCCUCCCCAGUCCUCCCGCGGCCACAGACACCACAGCGUCUCCGAACCCGUACACGACCAGCAAGUAUACGGAGAAGCCGUUCAAUACCCCUACAACACCGGCGACAAUUAUUCUCGCCCGCAGCCUCCCGUCUCCCCGAAGCGAUCCCGCACCGAAACCGACCUCAAGUCACAAACACGACCUACCACGCGGAACGGCCGAGACCACCUGGUUGUUGAAGAGAGGGAGAAGCCAGCCGAGCCAGUGCUCGCGCCAACAAGGCCUCCCAAUAACAGAAAGUCCCGAUCUUGGGGCAACCGCUUGUCUGCUCUGUUCCCCUCGCUCAUCGUCCAACCAACAGAUCAACCCGCGCAUCCUCCCCCGCCGCCGCCUCAGCUGCAGCAGCAGGUCCCGAUUCACCGCAAACCGCUGCCCGACGACUCACCGACCUCGCCCUCCGACAGCGCGCCCUCAUACCACACGAGUGAAAAUCCCACCGUCCGGCCAGUGACGAGCUCGGGGUUGGGCCUUGGGAUCGCUCCUCCGGACGCUGAAUCCCUCGACCCACAGCCGCCGGCUGCCCCUACUGAUGCACCGCCUCCUGUUCCUUCAAGAAUCCCCGCACCGCUAGACUCUGAAGCCAUCUCAUCCGCCCAGGUCGAGCAGCCUCUGAUCUCCCCCCCCGAACCUCCCACACCCACAACACCAAACACAAUGGCCGCCCCCUUGCCGCCUCAGCAGGCGCCUCCGCCGGUCCCGGCGAAACUGCGCAAGGAGAAGAACCUCCCGACACCUCCCCCGAUCCCGGCAGACAAUACCCACCUGCCGUCCCCGAGAGCCGUCUCAGGGCCCGAAGUGGCGUCGCCCGGAAAGCUCAGAAAAGAGAACAACGAGCCGCGCAAGAGGAGCAGCUCCUUCCACCAGGGUCGGAGAGGCUCCAUGGCCUUCUUGGGUCUGCGAUCGACGUCCCCGGGUCCUGAUUCGAGGGGACGAAGCACCUCUGCGCAACCGCCCGGCGGCAGGACAAACACUGGCAGCUCCGCCGCGAAUGACUCUACCGGCAGCGGAAGCCCGACCCGUGAUGAGAGACGGGGUCGCCUCAGGAGGAGCUGGCUUCCUGGCGGCGGAAGAUCGCGGUCCAAUUCGCAGGACGUCACCGGAAAGUCCCAGAAUUCACAGGCCUGGGUGUUGUCGCAGGACACGGUCGGCGAUUACAACACAUCGUUCCUAUUGAACGCGGAAAAGGUCCCGGAGUUGUGGAACGAAAGCGGCAACGUCUACGUUUACCUCCAACCUAAAUCCGCCAACGGCCAACCGUCGUUCAAGGUUCCCAGCUUCUCCAUCAUCAACUCGGUCAUCUUCAAUGAACUCAUCCAGGCGGAAAUGUCGUCUCCCACCGGCCGUGCCCGCGGCAGGAGUUUUGGUGGUCGGGACAGCCUCUCGGUCGAUGACGCGUUUUCCCCGCCAGUGUCGCCGCCUUUGGAAGGUCAGGAGAGCCCCGGCGAUGCAAGGUUGUAUCUGCCGGCCACGCCCCCGCAGUACACGCAAAACGGUCAGCUCGCGCCGGGUCCCCAGCUCCGCGCCGACCUCGACCGGCUUAUCGCCGUCCGCAAUCUGUUCGCCUUCCUGACCGGCCAGCCGCUUGUCGCUACCAAGGCGCACCCCACGACAUUUGCGGCAUUCUGCCAGAUUUCCAAGCUCUUGCAAGAGUAUGGCUUCACGAACAUGGACGGCUCAUCCUUUGGUGAGUCCGUCGACCUUAGCUUCGGCUUCUUCAUGGAGCAGCUGGCGUUGGCCGAUGUGCGACACAGCCGCGAGAAGACGCUCGAGUCGCUGAUUCUCGGCGAGCGCAUGCGAUCGAUGGAGCUGUACAACGAGGCGUUUGCGCACGCGGUGGGCAAGUACACCGCCAUCAUGGAAUUGCACUCGCCCUUGUUCGAGCAGGUGUCCGCGUACACGAGACAAAGACUGGAGCGCGCCCACCUGGACCUCGUCAACAGACAGCACAGCGUCAAUGUCAGGUUGGAGCAGUUUGAGUUCCCGUCACUCUUUGCCGGCAUCGCCAGCUCGACGUCGAACCCCGAGCUCAAGGCGAUUCGCUUCAAGGUGUGGCAGAAGUACUUCAACAAGAUGAGGUCCUUCGUCUUGGGCUACUACAAGACCAGCUUCGGCGCCUGGCCCCCCAAGGCCAGCAGCAAGAAGAACCCCUUCUCCGAGAGCGGCCUUAACCGCCUCGUGCUGAAGGCGUUGUACUCUGACAUGUGCGCGCUGUACGACCUGCUCGUGGACCGCGACAACAUCACCACCAGAGUGAUUGACGGCAACGCGGACGACGACGGCAGGUCUACCGACAGCCCGAUGAUUGUCAACCUGCGCAAGAUGCUCUUCGAGUUCGACAACUCCACGCCUCCCGUGCUGCCGCCGGUCCCCUUCGACGUGCCCAAGAUGCCCACCAUGAAGUCCAUCCACGCCAACUAUGACUCCCUCGCGCCCAAGGAGCAGGCCAAGAUCGACCGCAAGAUCAAGGAGCACGAGCUGACCCUCAUCCUUCAGAAGGCGUACAACUGGGACGCCAACAGCAUCAACAUCCCGUUCCUGCUCGAGUUCAAGGAGUUCGAGCAGCACGAGGGCAAGGGCAAGAACGCGGCCGACCUCGCCGACCAGCGCAUCGGCUACUGGCUCUUCCUCUACGUCGUCAUCCAGUCGCUGCCCAUGCUCACGGUCGACGCGCCCAACCUCAAGUUCAACGAGGGCGUCGAAUACUUCCUCUGCGAGCCGCCCGUCGGCAACCCCCCCUGGAUGGAGGACGCCCGCCACGUGCGCAAGAUGUGGUACGAAGUGUCUGGCGGCACGGGCUACGUCGAGCUCUCCGCCGACAGCGUCAUGUUCAGCGUGGAGGCCAUCCACCACCGCAGCCACUGCUGGCUCGCGGCCAAGGAGUGGGAGGGCCUCGGCGGCUCGGCCGCCCCGCCACCCCAAGACGCAGGUAUGUCGCCCCUCGAGCCGCCGCGACCCGUCUUCCCUGGCCCGGACGGCAUCGUCGGCAGCCCCCAGAGCCUCGGCACGCCGCCGCCGCCGGGAUCGCCGCAGUCGCACCUCCGCCCGCGCAACGCGUCCCCCGGCGGCCGCCAGCUCGGCAGCCGCAACGCGCACCGCUCAAGCAUCAUCAUCGGCCUCGAGCCCGUCGGGUUCGACGAUCCCUCGGGCAUGGGCAUGCCGGGCGACCGCACGUCGCGGAUUGCCAGCAGCGCGCGCAGCAGCUCGGCCGGCUCGCGCCCGCUGAGCAUGGUGAUGCCGCGCUCGCCGUCCGCGACGAACCUGCGGAAUAUGUCAGUCGACACGACGAACCACCACAGCAACAGCAACGACUCAGGCAUGACGUUUGACGAUAUCCUCGGCGGCGGGGAGGAGAAGAAGGCCAAGAAGAAGAAGGGCAAGUUCUUCUAG